CAAGAGCCCAAGAUCAUCCCAAAGGCGCUUCUACUGGACCGAAACCUACUGCUCUACAGCAGCGUUACUUGGUGCACCAGCUCCGAUAUGUCUUCUCAACACACAGUACCUCUACUACUAUCAUGGACGCUGCUCGUGGUGGCGGUUGUCCGGGCUGUCUCCGCAUUUCCGGUCGGGGACUCUCGACCGAUGGACCGACAGCCUCGCUUCGUGCACUACGCUCACAUGAACCCCUACAGUCCUUGUGAGAGAAGGGGGUUCAGGAAAGACCUUCAGCUGACGGCAAAAACCAUCCAACGGACCAACGACACUCUGACAAUGAUGAAACAGGAGGUUUUCAUGUCUAAAAAUUGGUCUCUACGCUCUGAUUUCGAGGAGGACAGGGGUCUGGUUGCACUGUUCCGUAACCUCAGCAGUUUCGAGCAGACUAUCCCAAACGUCAUCCUGGAAGCACAAGAUCUGGACGACUACAGCGACACCUUGCGGCAGUCGAUGCACGACACCGGUAGCGAACUGAACAAGUUGCUGAUCAAGCUAAGCAUUACGUUGAGGGCGGCUGGGGAGUUCGGGGAUCAGGACUGGACAGGCGAGCCUAUUCCCCUCCCGGACGUGGGGGGUAGCCUUUACUGGCACCAUGUUCGAGACUUCGCCUUCUUCCAACAUCUGCUUGGAACUCUGCAACAGCUGAAAGCUCAACUCGAGGCCAGGUUGGCGGAGUGUUAGGGACUGCAGGUCGUUCACACUUCCGAGUACGCAUGUGCAGCGAAAGGAAUUGUGGGUAAUAUGUCAAAGUUGAAGGCCCCUAAGUUGAAAACUCAGUGUGCCCGUCCCGACCAUCGCAUAAAUUUGCAUAACAAUGUCCAGACGCGUUUAUGUCUUAUGGGCCUUGACCCUUGACAUAUUACCCACAAUUCCUGUCUCUGCGCAUGCGCACUCGGAAGUGUGAAAGGUUCAUACUCACUUGAUCUAGCCCUUGAGGCGUCGCCAAAACUGUUGUUUUCCUGUUAACCAACGGAACCAAGCAAAAACCUGUCAACCCUAGCCUGUCGACCGCUGGUAGGGGACAUAAAAAUUUUCAUCUGAUUUAAAUGACGAAAUUCAAAACGGACGUCCUGUAUUUCACAUAGCAGAUUAAGGCGUUGAACAGUUAAUGUAGGAAUGUUUAGUAAACAUUGUACCUUUUUGUUCACUUUAUAUACAUACCCGUUCUUGUGCAAUUUAUAUUUGUAUUUAUAUAUAUCUAAAAUAGUAUUGCUUGAUGCAUUUCAGUUUUAAAUUUGUAAACUGUAGCCUCCUUCGCAGACUUCGAAGAAGAAAUUUAAAAAAGGAACAAGACUUUAACAAUAAGAGAAUUCAUACCUUCGACUAUAUAUAAUUUUUAGGACUGCCACCAGAAACGCAACAUCUUACAAUUUGCUAGUCCUAAACAUGAACGGUAUGUCUCUUUAAGGGAUGAUUAAAGUAACAAUAGAAGUUUAAGAACCCUAUUUCGAAAGGUAGAAUAGACGAGUAUCAUUAUGUUGAUUGCUAUUUCAUUGUUGCCAUACAUUGUACCAUGUACAUCAUGUCGAGCAAUGAGGUUAAUCAAUUCCUGCAUUCAUUAUAUAUUUUUUUCAUGUAAUUUGCGACAGGUGUAAGUAUAAGUUUAGAAAAGUUAGCGAUAACUAGAAGCAUAUUUUAAUAUAUUACAAUCACAUUUAGGGAAACAUUUCGUUUCUUCAUAUUAUUUAAGAGUUUACAAUACUAUUACAGUCUCACCCUCUCUAUACAUAUACAAAUGUAUAUGAAUAGAUAAUUGCACUACUAAGCUAGUGUUUUGUAACAAGAACAAUAGAACUAUCUUUUUUUUUUUGAAAAUGCUUAUCAUACAUCUGUAUCUGUAUCUAUAUAGCCGGUAUUACAAUACUAUAACGGUCUCUUUAUGUGAAUAAAUAAUUAUGCUAAGC